AUGCCGCCACCACCCACGAAGGCCUUUGACCUGCACUCGUUCCGCGCCGCGCUCAAGGCCGGUAAGCUUGAGAAGGCCAAGGCAGAGCUUACCAAGUGCAUCGGGCACGAAGCCGAGAUCCGGCAAGUGUACGGCGAGACGCAGCUUCGAUCGACGCCGCUGUACCACAUCCUCGAGGGUCCGCUCACCGGAAGCCGCGAGGAGGCCAAGGCCCUUCUCGAGCACGCUGUCAUGCGUGCUGUGAUUCAAAUGAAGUGGGAGGCGUUUGGCAUGCGCAUGUACCUCGAGCAGCUCCUCGUGUACGGCGUGCUCUUGCUCUCGAUGACGCUCUCGGUGGCGACGAGCUACGCGCGACGACCAACCGACGCGUUUCCUGUCCAAGUGCUCGUGUGGGCAGUCACGCUACUGUCGCUGCUCCUGAGUCUUCUCGCGUGCCGCGUCUUUUCGUAUCGGCGCAAGGAGCUCUGGUGCCUCGUCACGAGCAGCCUCUGCGCCGUCAUCGGCGGCGUCCUCUACGCCAAUGACGCAGCUAUUGAGGCAUUCUUCGACUAUGCCACCUUUGUCUCUUGCAACCACGUGACGCUGCUUCUCUCGGGCGCGUACUUUUUACUCUUUGAGCUCGCCGAGCUCUUUGGUGAAGUGCCCGCAGAGUCGCGCGUGGUGCACGUCGCAGGGUGGCCGCUUUGGCUCCAGCGUGGCGCCUACUGGGUGGUUAUUGCGCCUUUUGACCUCGUUCUUUAA